AUGUUGGGGGGAGAGACCAGGCCUCGGGCAGCUCCGCGCACUCAGAAGGCUACACUCGGAGACCUGUUGCAGCCACCAGCCCGUCCCAGCCGUGGUGAGGAGUCUGGUGGGGCUGAGGGGGGCACCAGUAGCCCUGACCCUGCCCGUAGGAGCCGGCCUCACUACACUCGGGAAAGCAAAGCCUAUUCCAUGAUACUCCUACCUGCUGAGGAGGAGGAGGAGGAAACCCUGGGUACUAGACCUGACAAGCGACGGCCCCUGGAGCGGGGGGAGACAGAGCUGGUCCCAUCCUUUGAACAGCGGGUACAAGUGAUGCUCCAGAGGAUUGGCAUGAGCAGAGGCAGCGGGAGUGCCGAAGGCAAGAGGAAGCAAAGCAAGGACCGAGAGAUCAAGAAGGCUGGCUCGGAUGGUGAUAUUACGGACAGCUCCGCCGAGGCCCCUCCCAUCUCGAUCAAGUCCCGCACCCACUCUGUGUCUGCUGACCCCUCGUGCACACCUAGUCCAGGAGGCCAAGGGCUUGAGUCUACUAGCUGGAAGACUUACUUCUGCCUCUGCUCAUGCCAAUCCUCUGGAGCAUCACUUGUACCCGCUGUUCAAAGGAUGGGACCAGCUCUGUCUCCCCCCGCUCCAGGGGCUGUCGCUUGGUCAGGGGCAGCAGCUGUAUGCAGAGCUCAGGGGCCGUGGUUGGAGCCAACAGGAUGGUCCUGGGCCCCCCCUCCUUGUCCCAGCCCCAGCCCGCAAAAAGCCAGCCCCUCCACAGACAGCCUGGGUCUCCUGGAGGACCCUUGCUUGGGCCCCAGGAAUGAAGAUGGCCAGCUGAGGCCGAGGCCUCUCUCAGCAGGGCGACGAGCAGUGUCUGUGCAUGAGGACCAGCUCCAGGCCCCUGUUGAACAGCCCCUGCGGCUACAGCGCUCCCCUGUCCUCAAGCGGAGACCAAAGCUUGAGGCACCUUCAUCUCCAAGCCUAGAAUCUGGCCUUGGAGCCCAACCUCUGCCCCCACAGUCUACAGAGCCCUCCAGCCCUGAGCCAAACCCACCCUCCCCAGCCACAGACCAAAAAGGCGGCGGCCCCAACCCCUGA